CACACUGGUGUCUUCCUACAAGGGCAAGUUUGGGUACGUUCAAUACUUCGUGAAGGCUCUGAUGGAAAGACUUGCUCAGCCCGCCGUGGAGUGCAAGAAGCACUUUGAGGUUGAGGAGCCCUUGGAUGUCAACACUCCAGACUUGCUGUCCCCUACUGGAGGCAUGAAGGAGAAGAAGGUCACCUGCAUGUUCAUCCCAGACGGCCAGGUUUCUCUGAACGCCAAAAUCGACAGGCGUGGCUUCUGCGAAGGUGAAGAGAUCUGCAUCGAUGCCAAAUUUGAGAACACCUGCUCUCGCAUCGUGGUACCCAAAGCAGCCAUCAUUGCCAAGCAAACCUACCAGGCCAACGGGCGCACCAAGGUCUUCAGGCAAAAACUCUCCUCAGUACGUGGCAACCACAUCAUCUCCGGCAUGUGCGACGCCUGGCAGGGCAAGAGCAUCCGUGUGCCCAAGAUCAAGCCCUCCAUUUUGGGUUGCGUCAUCAUUCAGGUGGAAUAUGCGCUCAUGAUUUACAUGCACAUCCCUGGCAGUGAUAAGUUGGUUCUGGAGCUGCCCUUAGUCAUUGGGACGGUUCCCUACAAUGGUUUUGGUAGCCGCACCAACAGCAUGAGCAGCCAGGAUGGUUCUGUCAGCAAUGCAUCGAAUAGUUGGGUGUCCCUGCGGAUGCCGUCGUCUGCCCCACCAAGCUACUGUGACGUUACACGCAACUGCAGCCUGGACCAACCUCUCACACCUCUGUUGGAUGACUAUGAUGGCGGAGACAGUCCCAUCUUCAUGAACGCACCCCAGUUCCAGUUCCCCCCACUCCCUGCUUAUUCUGAGGUGGACGAGGAAUACAACGGCAACGCCCGCAUGCUUCCUGUCUGCUGAACCAAGCUGGCAGAGCACUAGAACUGAACUGUUGCCCAUCAUAGAUGGGUUUCUUUUCCACUCUAAGCACUUCAGCCUUUCACCAUGUGGAUCAGAGCUGGUUUGAGAAGUGUCGUAUGGAUGUGUGAAAGUAAAGAUGAAGCGGAGGAUUCUGGGGCCCGACUGGCCCCUCUUGCAGGAUGAGCUAGUCGAAGUUCAGAGGAAGAAGGAGUGAAGUCUGAGCUCUCUUGUGCCUGCAUUGCUGACAGCCACCUCAUAUCAUGCAUCACUCAAGUUAAACGUGUUUCUGUCAUAUUAUUGAUGCUGUUUCGGGGGCCUGAAAGAGCGCACACAGGCUGUUUGGCGUGCUGUAUUUCAUUGUGUUUGAGCUGCUCUUUCUUGAUUUGAGAACUGCUGAGGUGCAAACUGAUUGUGCCGCAUUAUAGCCAUUUAAGCACACACAAACUUUCCCAAUUUGUGGUCAUGUACUUUCCUUUAGUCCCCAGUAUAACAUUAGCAUUUAGCUCAUCAUUUUCGAUAUCAUUCCGUUUUUUUUUUUUUCCUGUGGGGUAGAAAGAUUUAAUUUGUGGAAGCAUUCUUCAACACAUUUGUUUGAUUUUAUGCUGGUCGUGAGGUUAAGUUAAUGUGCUCUCCAGAGAUAUAUUAUUCUAUGUUACUGAAACGUAAAGAAGAAAUGUAGAAUAUAAAAUUUUUCAUCAAGGGAAAAUCAUGCAGUGUCAGUAUAUAUAAUGUACCAGUGUUGAGGCUGUUUUGUUUUUCAUUUGAAUGCACUUUUUAUGGAUGGUAGUUGCUGUAUAACUACUCGCAGGGAGAUUUCCUAUGUUUUCAUUUUGUUUUUCUCUUGUCUUCCAAAAUGGUUUAUUGAGGGAUCAAGCGUUGCAUGUGCAAUUCAAGACUCUGUACUGUAAUGCGUUCAAAACCUUGUCCUAACAAAGGGCUCCACUGAUGUUGCUUCUUCCACUGUGGACUUGAACAUUAGGCCAAAAAAGAACUUAAUACUUCAAGUGCCAAAAUUGGGGUCUUUUUGGAGCCCCGACCACGUUCAUUUGCGAGACCAGA